AUGAUACGGCGCUACGUGGGAUACGUCGUGCUCCCCAUAUUUGCGUUCGUCGUGAAUCAUACCCCAGGUUUCGUAUGGAUACUCAUCGACUUUGUCCUUGACGUUUGGUUGUUCUGGGUCCGCAAGAUAUACCAUUGGCACACCCGUACAGAUAGUCUUAAUGAAGCUCUUAAACAGCUCAAGUCUGUGGAAAAUUACAAUGAGUGGAAGGCUAUAGUUACAGAGAUAGAUAGACUCACCAACAUGGACAUAUGGAGACAGAACUUCAUUUCCAAGCACUACGACUAUAUGCUAGUAAACGAGCGCAUGACACUAUUACGGGAGGCCAGACUCAAUGAAGAUGCAUCUCUUCUCAUGUCGUUGCUUCGUUCAGGGCUUUUACGCAAUUUUGGAGGAAUAGCCCAGAAGAGACUCUACACAAAGGCGUACCUCGGCACUAAAUUCAAGAUUCAAGAGUACAUCAUCGAGGUAUUAGAUUGCCUCAAUUACUUGAACGAUUCCAUCCAUGCAGAGCGUGCAAGUAAUGACUACAUCAUGAACAGCAAGCAGCUAAAGCUUGACUUCUUCCACGAUGCAAGACAGUCCUUUGGUUGCACAGCUCUCAUCUUGCAAGGUGGGUCUCUCUUCGGCUUGUGUCACAUUGGCGUAGUGAGAGCACUAUACUUCAAAGGAUUGCUUCCACGUGUGAUAGGUGGCAGCGCUGUUGGUGCUGCCGUUGCGGCAAUGGUGUGUUCUCUCACAGAUGCGGAGCUCAUACCUAUCUUGGUUUCCAUAACGGAUGUGAUGGGCAAUGUAGAUACCCUCAACCACGAUGUUGAUGAGAGGUAUGGAAAUGUCAUCGAGAACGUCGUACGCAAGGGAUACUCCCAGGAUAUCCUUGUUUACCUCAAAUUCGUGAGAGACACAAUAGGCGAUUUGACCUUCGAGGAGGCCUAUCUCAAGACUGAAAAGAUCCUCAAUAUUGUGGUUCAUCCAACGCAUCAAUCCAUACCCUGCUUACUCAACUACAUCACGGCACCUAAUGUCAUCAUAUGGACUGCAAUUUAUGCCUCUAUAGGCACAGGAGUUCUUUCGGACAACGUUCAAUUGUACGUCAAAGAUCUCAAAAAUGACAUUGUGCCUAUGGCACCAGACUUAGAUAUCUCAUUCUUGAAGCCCCAGGAUGUCAGUUAUCAACAGCAUUACUUCAGUUCUCAUAGGAAAAAGGACCAGGAGCAGAGUUUGUUUUCGGCUCCAGCAGAAAACUCUCCAUAUACCCGGCUCACAGAGCUCUUCAACGUCAAUCAUUUUAUUACAAGUUUGGUGAGACCAUACUUGGCCCCCCUUAUCAGCAAUGAUCUCAAACAUCACAAUGCAUAUGGUAAGUUGAGAUUCAGCGAUGAUGCAUUAAGUAUAUUUUGGAACGAUGAAUCUAAAAAACUCGAAAAACCAAAGUCUUCAGCUUCCCACAUCGAUGUCCUUACGAAAGACUCCAGUUAUAACUUCAGGAAACAUCUCAAAAAUGUAAUUGGUCUUGAAAUACAGCAUCGACUUGACGUCAUGAACAAACUCGGCCUCUUGCCAGAGAUUGUGAAACGUCUAUGCAUUGACGAGAAGCCUUCAACUGCACGCUUUUCGACAAAUUCACGGGAAAUAACAAUAGUUCCCGAAUUGAGAUAUCUUCUUCGGGACAUUGGUCGAGUGUUUGAUGUUCACAAGACCAUGGAAAAUAUACCUUACUGGAUCUUAGUGGGUGAGCGUUCUGUCUGGCCUUUGUAUCCCUUGCUCUGGACCAGAUGUGCCAUUGAAUUUGCACUCGAUGACUUAUAUAGUCUUCACAGAAAACAGAGACGUGCCUGA